GAUCGUGAAAAUGUUGCUUUGUACCUUUUUGUAUGUAGACUUGUUAUCCGGUUUUAUAAAAAUGUUAUCAUUCUUCUUGCAAUUGUGUUUCUUUUUGAAUUCUGAAUUAUUGAAAGAAAAGUCAAAUUCCUAUAUAUUUUCUAAAGAACAAUUACAUCAUGAUUAUUGGUUGAAUUCAAGGACAGGGUGUUGCACCGUGCCAAGACUGCAGCACCAGUCUUCUUGUGAAAUGUUUCAUGAUGUGGGAGAACACAUACAAAGGGAUCUAUGACCAUUGAUCGUCGACCAUCAGAUGACCAGUGCAGGUGAACCCAGUGGUCGACCAUCAGAUGAACAGACCAGUUGAACCCAGUGGUCGGCCAUCAGAUGACCAGUCCAGUUGAACCCAGUGGUCGGCCAUCAGAUGACCAGUCCAGGUGAACCCAGUGGUCGACCAUCAGAUGACCAGUCCAGGUGAACCUAGUAGUCGGCCAUUUGAUCACCAGUCCAGUUAAACCCAGAGGGUGGCCAUCAGACGACCAGUCCAGGUGAACCCAGUGGUCUACCAUCAGAUGCGAACCGGUCCAGUGAGUGCAGAAUCUAUAGCACAAAAUUAUCUAAGAAUUUUCCCAGUUACUCCUACUAAAGGUAGUAUGAACUAAAUAUUUAUUAAACUAAAUAAAGAAUAUACUGGCUUAGAGUUUCAGUGUCACAAGUGUAGGUGGAGAAGGAGCUGGUCGCAGGAGUUUGAGGAAGAAAUUCGUUUCAUUACUCAAGUUCAAAUGCCAUAUUGGCGUUAUUGUUUAUUCUAUUUUACUACCAGAAAAAUAUCGCCUUUUAUUUUUCGUAACCGCAUAUUCCAAAUUGCAUAGUGUACUCCUCCCUCCCCACCCGAGCCCCUCUGUAGGUCUUUGGUACCAAAUGUGUAGUAGAAACAGGAAAGUCUAGGGCCAACAUUAGCAUAAAUCACUGGUGUAGCCCUGGUACUGGGUUAAAGGACCAGUGGAAAUGCGACAUAAUAUUAUCAUGAUCAGUGAGCCCUGCCAAACCAAGAGCCCUGUGAAUCAUAUCCACCCUUCCCUGCUUGAGCCACGGCCAUCCACCUAAAACAAUAGAUUUAAUCUAUAUCUGGCCUUUCCCACUCCAUUUCAGUUCUUCAACUGAUGUCCCCGAUCUGGUGCGUUGAGCUUUUCACAAAAGCCUUGUGAUUGAGGAUGUCACCGCUCUGCCAGCAUCUUGAUCUCAAGCAUAGAGUUGAAUAGAGGGAACAUCUCCUGUGUUUGUCACAAUGGCUUCUGCUACAUUCUAAUAUAGUCAAUUUCUUCGUCUUCAACUACUUCUGUUACUCACCGUCCUAAAACACGUCCAAAAACCAAAGUUGCAGAAUAUAAUGGCAGAAUCGGAUCGUGAACAGGUUUUCUAGCAAGUGUUUGCCCAUUAAACAACUCUAUGGUCCGAGAAUAAUUGUCAACCACAGAUAAAAAAAAAAUAAGCGAGAAAACUCUCUCAGUGUCAAUUUUCCUCACACUAUAUGAGACGUGUUCCCUUCGCUCAGUGAGUACACUUUAAAACAUCUAUCUAUUAUUAUUUGUAUUUAGACAAAAAUAAGUGUCCUCCUUUUUAGACAUAGUGAUGUCACUAGAUAUUUUGUCUUAAGUUUUGUUUGCAGGAACGCAUAAGCAGCUGUAACCACUAGUCUACUCUUGUCCACCCUAACGAUAUGCUGGUGAGGCAUGAAUAGAAAACCUUACUUUCCUGUCUAUCUGUGUACUAGAUUGUGUAUCUUCCCUGGUGGUGCUCUGACAGACCUGUACGGCAAGUCGAUUGCUACUUGUUUCGGGGCUUUUUUGCAGCGUAUUUGUCUUGUUAAUGAGGACAUCCAGUGAAGAGGCUAGGCUAGUAACUGACCAGUUGAAUGGUCUGACAGCCUGAGUAACAUCAGACACUUUGCACAUUGUUUUAUUUGUGUGUCUGUUCUAGACCAUAUGUAGAAUAGGUCUGUGGUAGAUUGAUCAUUUCUCAUCUAUGUAUUUUUACCAUUUAUAAGUUGUAUUCUAAUUAAGAGAUACAAAUAAAACACAUACAGGUCCAAAAUGUAUUGAAGCAACCUCAAUCCAGCUACUGUAUCACUUUAAUUGGACUGCUUUUGGUUCUCUGAAGUCUGCAUCUGCUCAUAUCAUAUGUUGAUUAAGGGCAACUUUACAUUCAGUAGCUACUAGUAAACCACGCCACUGUUCUUUUCUCCGCAAUAACCUUCUGUGGAUUUACCCUGGGUUUGCCAACCAAGCCUAGUUUCAAAAUGGAGCUUGAAUGACCGAGGCGUUUCGCCUUUUUUAACUGUUGUUUCCAUGCACAAAAUAUGAGCACGUAUUAAUACAAUGUUCAUUAACAAAGUAAAUGUGAACAGCCCUCUACAACCUCAAAACAGGGUUCAGACUAUAAUGUUGACAUCAUGCAUUGUCAGUCCUUUCCUCCAUAACUGUGCACAGAAACAGUUUCUAUGGCCGUUUUUUUGUAAUUAGGAUAACGUCGUCAAGAACAUUAUUAUUUGUCUAGAACACCAAGUCUAGAACACCAGAAGGUUCAUAAGCAUUUUAACGCAAAUGAUGAAGAGCAUAUUAAGGGUCUGUAAAAUCGAUUUCAAAUGUAAAUAGAAUUCUGGCUGUUUCAAUUUAGAACUCAGAUGUGCAAGACAACACAUUCAAAAAUAUUCCAGAAAUUUGAAGUCAACCCAAAACACUGACCUGUUUUGACUACAUUGUGUUUUUAUACAUUGUGUUGUAUAAGACAACACUACAUUGUCAUAUACCAUUAACACUAGAUUUUCAUGUUUCUAAGACUGCAGGUAAGGAUACAACAAUGGUGUUGAGAACAACUGGAAGUGUUUUGGUGGUCUUUCUCUGGUCUGUAACAGGUAUGGUCUCUUAUCUUUGUAGUUGCUCUGGUUAACAAAUGUAGUAUUCUCAGAAGACAGUAAUCAUUGUUUAGUUUUUUUGGUCUGGUCUGUUAGCUAUCCAUUUAAACAGUACCAAGCUCCCCUGGUUUAACGCAAUGCCUUCACCUGAUCGUGUAUACAGUAUUAUCAUACAUUAUUAUCAAUAACAAAGUCAAGACCAUAAUAUCAUCAAUAAAUUUCCCCGUAGGCCUCCUUCAAAUGUUUUUUUUGUUGCUACGUCUCUUGAAGACCCAACAAAUCCAUAAUGACAUUCUUAUUAUCUACGUUAACCAUUUUUAUUUUUAAUAGUUGUUGCAGCCCUACACAGAACCAAGUGAGUGAGUCACAUGACGAUUGAAUAGUCUGUAUGAAAUCGAAAACCGUGGUAGGAGCCAUCAACAGUGUCAGCCGACACCUUGCUGACCAAAAAACACUUGAGUUUCCUGUCUAUGUUAAUUUGUAUUUCACACAUCUGUGAGGCACUCAAAUGCUGUUUUUGCAUUUUGACUCAACUCAAAAAGUGCUGCAACAAAAUGUGGACUCAGCUUGCUCUUAGCGAGGGCCAAUAGUGCCUGGCUUAAUGUUGUCACCAUUUGUCUGGCUGUGUUUCAGUGGUACUGGGUCAGGGUGACUGGGGUGUGACCUACUCCACUCAGAGUAUCUGUGCCUUGAAUGGGUCAACAGUGGAGCUGAGCUGCACCUACAAAUAUCCAAGUGGCCAUAAAGUCACAUCAACCUUCUGGUUCACUAGAAAAGAUGCUGAUGGGAAUCUUGUGAACCUGAGUGAUGAUCCAGACUACAGAGGUCGUGUGACGUAUCGUAGUGAUGAGAAGAACAGCCACACCCUGAUAAUCACAGACCUGAGAGAGACCGACUCAGCUCAGUUCAAGUUCAGAUUUAUUACAGAUCAGCCUGAAGGGAAAUGGAUUGGCACAUCUGGAGUCACUCUGUCUGUCACAGUUCUACAGGUUGAGAUGACUCCUGCUACAGUGACUGAGGGACAGAAUGUAACACUGACCUGUAUCACAUCCUGUCCUCUGACUGACAACCCCACCUACAUCUGGUACAAGAACAGACAACGUUUAAACAACAGAAAUACCAGUUCUAACAUACAGAUCCUAAAACUGGUCAGCAGUGAGGACAGAGGCAGAUACUCCUGUGCUGUGGAAGGUCAUGAGGAUUUCUCCUCCCCAGAGCACACUGUCAAUGUCCAAUAUGGCCCAAAAAACACUGCAGUGUCAGUCAGUCCCUCUGGUGAAAUAAUGGAGGGCAGUUCAUUGACUCUGUUCUGCACCAGUGAUGCCAACCCACCUGUGGACAAAUACACCUGGUACAAGAAGACUGUAACCUCACCAAAAGCAUCAGGACAGAGAUAUAGCAUCACUAACAUCAGAUCUGAGGACAGUGGAGAAUAUUACUGUGAGGCUGAGAAUGGAAGAGGAUCUAUGAAUUCUACAGCUCUGAUGAUCACUGUUGCUGGGGAAAAAAUAUUAUUCAUAACUGCAUCUGUAGGAAUCACAGUGGUUGUUCUGCUUAUCAUUCUCUGUCUCUCUGGAUUCAUCUGGUUCAGGAAGAGGUCUUCCAAAUCCACCUCCGAGACGAAGGACAAGGCAGACGAUGGGCUGAAAGACUCUAUGUAUGUGAACCUCUCCAGUAGGAUCAUGAGAUCUUCCACAGCACAGACAAAGACAACAGACACAGUGGAUGAUGGACAUGGAGACUCCAAUCCUAUUUAUAAUAACCUCUGAACAAUGGCUGUGACCCCUACUGCAAAUGGUGACCUGACAUCCCGGUUUUCUCCCAGUUUCUGAUGGUCUGUCCCCAUCACUGCACUAAACUGGCUUGUUCCCUCUGACCAGUUAUCUGCAGGUUUGAUCAGAGACACUUUGAAACCAAAGCAUUUUAGACAUACCCAGUCAGAAAAGUUUUUGUAGGGUGCAGCCACAAUUGAUUGUUUUCCUGUGUCCCGUGUCCCGAGAGCAAGACGUUAACUAGUUAUACUUCUCAUACUAAAUGCCAGAUAGUUGCAGUUCCAUGGAUGCGCUAACCACAUAUUGUAUUUGCAAUCAUAUCUACAUGUAAUCAUUGUAAUGAAUGACAUGAUCUAUUUUCAACUGCACCCGUGCAACCAACUCCAAUGGUCUCACUAAAGUUAGUGAGGCUAGCUAAGCUAAACCUCUUGUUAAACAUACGGCUUUAGCUAAAUUAAUAAAGUUAAAGGUGCCUUAUGCAACUUAACGACCCCUAUUGGCAGUGAGUUGUAUAACUCCAUUAGGCUCUGACAUUGUCAUUAUAACUAUGAGCAUACUGACC